AUGAACUGGGCCGGCCUCUACACGGUACUGAGCGGGGUGAACCGUCACUCCACCGCCAUCGGGCGCAUCUGGCUCUCCGUCAUCUUCAUCUUCCGGAUAAUGGUGCUGGUAGUGGCAGCCGAGAGUGUCUGGGGGGAUGAGAAAUCCGCCUUCACCUGCAACACCCAGCAGCCCGGCUGCAACAGCGUCUGCUAUGACCACUUCUUCCCCAUCUCCCACAUCCGUCUGUGGGCCCUGCAGCUCAUCCUUGUCACCACGCCAGCCCUCCUCGUGGCCAUGCAUGUGGCCUACCAGCAGCACCAGGAGAAGAAGCUGCUGGUGCUGACGGGGCAUGCAGACCCCAAGCACAUGGAGGAGGUGAAGAAGCACAAGAUGCGUAUAUCAGGUUCACUGUGGUGGACAUACGUCUGCAGCGUGGUCUUCAGGCUGCUCUUUGAGGCUGUGUUCAUGUACAUCUUCUACAUGCUCUACCCGGGCUACCAGAUGGUGCGGCUGGUCAAGUGCGAGGCUUACCCCUGCCCCAACACUGUUGACUGCUUCAUCUCCCGGCCCACUGAGAAGACUAUCUUCACCGUCUUCAUGCUGGUCACCUCCAGCAUCUGCAUCGUCCUCAAUAUGGCGGAGCUGGUCUACCUGGUGGUGCGGGCCUGUGUCCGCCGAGGUCAGCACAACUCCAACCCCCCGUCAGGGAAGGGCUCCUUCUACGGGCACAAGCUCUCCUCUGAAUACAAGCAGAACGAGAUCAACCAGCUGCUGACGGAGCAGGACGGCUCCCUCAAGGACAUGCUGCGCCGCAAUCCUGGGCUGCAGGAGAAGGGCGACCGCUGCUCUGCCUGCUAG